GGGUGGGUGAGUGUUCGGUUAUUGGGGCGAAGGGGGCUGAGGGGAGCCGGGGAGGGAGGCCAGAUGUUCUAACGACGGUCCGUGUGCUGGCACUCUCUCCCGGCAGGUACAAGGUGAACACCUCGCCACUCAGCAAGCAGCUCCCGACCCUCAUCCUCUUCCAGGGCGGAAAGGAGAUGGUGAGAAGGCCGCAGAUCGACAAGAAGGGCCGGGCUGUGGCUUGGACUUUCUCCGAGGAAAACGUGAUUCGCGAGUUCAGCCUGAACGAGCUGUACCAGCGAGCCAAGCGGACGAUGAAGGACGAGGAGGGAGAUUCACCAGCCGAGGAGCAGGCUGUUCCCAACGGGGAGGUGGAGACCAAGAAGGACAAGUGAACGGCCUCCCCACCCGCCUCAGAUUGGGGCCGUCUGCUUCUCACUGCCCUGCCUCCCAGCCUCCGCGGUCUCCCGGUUUGCCACGACCUCCUUGUUCUUCCCCGCCCUGGACCAUGGCUCAGCCUCUCCUGUUGCCCAGGACGGGGGCGCAGGGGUGGGGUUCUCCUGAUUCUGCCAAUUCCCAGGGCGUCUCGCAAUGCUGUUGUAGGGUUAAUUUAUUAAAUGCAAAGUCCAUCGUCA